CUUGCUAUCUAAGUCAUUAUUUUGUCCUUGAAGAAAUCAUAAAAAAUGAUUAUAGAAAUGCUUUGAUUAUUGAAGAUGAUGUAGACAUUGAAUUUGAAAUCUCUAAAAUAAUGAGUGGCUUUGGUCGCGUUUUGCCCCAUGAUUGGGAAUUGUUAUAUGUUGGAAAUUCUUAUAGAGAUAAUGAAGGUGAGGUUGUAGCAGAAAACGGCAAAUUUAAGCUGCAUAUAUCAACGUGGCCAACUACUACACAUUGUUACGCAGUCUCGCGAAAAUUAGUAAAGGAUCUUAGUGCUAACCAAACAAGAGAAUCCAUUGAUAACGAAUUGACAUAUAGAGCUUCCAAGGGAUUCGUUAAAUCAUAUACUAUUGAUCCACCACUUAUGAUACAAUGGAAAUCGAUCGAUAAUCCAUCAGAUAUUUCUAGUGGACCUUCAGCGCAUCAAGAAUUAUUAAAUUCCACUAAGAGAUUCCUCGGAUAUAAACAGACGUGGGAGGAUAAAUGA